CGCCCGCAGCCCGCAACGCAGGCCACCGUAAACCCGUAACAACACAUGCCUAUAGUUUCGAAAAAUCGGCUAUUAAUGCGAUUUUCUGUGUUGUGGCAGUGUGCUUAUUGCAAAUCUUGUUAUUUUAAUGAUACUUAAAUUUUUGUAAUUACUCCGAAUAAUUAGCAAAGUGCGAUACGUCAGAACCAAAGCUGCAGAUAGUCCUUGUGCCAAUUACCGGCAUUAAAAAUGUUUGGACAACCUGGUAAUACUUCAUUCGGAGGGUUUGGUGCAGGGACCCAGAGUAGCCCAUUUAGUCAAUCUCCAUUUGGAAAACCCAUCACAACAACGAGUUUUGGUGGUACAGCAGCACCAGUGUUUGGCAGUACCAACAAUUCUCUGUUCGGCUCAAAACCUGCGGGAGCGACAACAGGCGGACUAUUUGGCAACACGGCAGCAACACCUGCCUUUGGACAACCAGCCACCAGUCAGUCGUCAUUUGGAGGAUUCAGUAGCCCAAAUACGAAUACUGGUCUGUUUGGUAAUCAGCAAAAUGCAAACACAAGUCUGUUUGGAGCAAGCAAUCCUACCCCUGCUUUUGGUCAAGGAACAAAACCAGCAGGGUUUGGCUUUGGGAGUUCGGCUGGAACAGGUUUAUUUGGACAAACACAGCAACCUGCCCAACAAACUGCACCGUCCCUUUUUGCACCAUCCAAUACAGCUGCAAAUACCAGCUUAUUUGGAGCUACAACUGGAUUUGCUGGAAAUAAUACUGCAGGUGGGAUGACUGGUACAGUGGUGAAAUUUAACCCUGUUACUGGUAAUGAUACAAUGAUAAAAAAUGGUGUUACCCAAACCAUGUCAACUCGACACUAUUGCAUUACCUGUAUGAAGGAAUACGAAGGAAAAUCUCUGGAGGAACUGCGUUUGGAAGACUACACCGCAGGUCGUAAGGGACAAGUUCAAGGAACACAAACCACCGGACUGUUUGGGUCAGCAGCCCAACCUUCACUAUUUUCUAACACAGGUGUUAACACAAGUACAGCUAGUACAGGUUUUGGGGCAACAACAACUGGUUUUGGAGGAACAAGUCAGCCCACAGCAAACACUGGAUUAUUUGGAAAACCGAUAGCAGGUUUUGGAGCUACAGCCACCACAAGUAGUGCUUUUCCUUUCAACUCAACUACAACUACGUCUAAUCCAUUUGGUGCAAAUGCACAAGCUAAACCCUUUGGGGCUGCAGCUCCUACACCACUUUUUGGCUCUGCCAAUACAAGUCAGACAGCUACUACCGGAUUUGGUACUAACAAUACGACUGCAUUUGGUUCUUUCGGCGCUGUACAACCUAAUCAGAGUAUUGGACUCUUCAAUCAAAAUAAACCUGCCUUCAAUAUGCCUGCAUCCACAGCUAGUACCGGCUUUGGCGGAUUUGGACAAAAUACUGCGACAAAUACUAGUGGGGGUUUAUUUGGUGUAAAACCAACUGGUACAACAGCCUUUGGCACUGCGCCUUCAUUUGGUGCUACUCCUGCUCCAGCUUUUGGAACUGGUACAGGUUUUGGUCCAACACAAAAUACAGGAACAUCAUUAUUUAACUCAUCCUUCAAACCUGCAGGACAACCUGGAUUCUCAUUUGGUGCUACGCCUUCGACAUCUACUGGACUUGGAGUCAGUUCUGGUCUGAAUCUUGGUACUGGGUCUUUACUCUUCGGACAACCAAAACCUGGCGGUCUCUUUAGUACUCCAGGAACCAAUACAAACUUCAACACUACUAGCAACUUUGGACUAGGGAGUAAUUUUGGAGCGAACAACAAUACUAUGGGGUCUGGAUUGGGGAUGAUGGGAGGAGGAAUGGGCGUCAAUCCAGCACAACAAAAUUCUGGAGCUAAUCAAGUCCAUCAACAAAUAUUAGCAUUGGUCUCAGCACCAUUUGGCGAUUCGCCGUUACUCAAAAACUUACUACCGGCCUCGGGUAAAACAGAAGACCUUUUAAAGCCGACAAAUGCAACCACUCGAGCUUUGAACAGUCCACAGUAUAAGAUAACUACUAACAAUAGUUCCCCUAAAGUAAAGGCAAGAGCUGUAACGAACGCUCAACUCUCUAAGAAAUCACUAUUCGAAGGCUUAGAAGAAGAAGAUCCAGCAUUACAAGAAGCUUUUCAACCUCGAGCUAAUGCAAAACGGCUUGUAUUGCGUCCAAAACGUAUAAGUACUGCCGACACGCAAUCGCCAGAUCGAGUUAUAACUUCGCCCACCGUUACAGACUCAGUAAGGGUGAAGAGAGAUGCGUUAGAAAGUGGGAGUAAAGAAAAUCAUCAGCAAGAUGAUAUUCGGCGUCCUGAUGACAGAAGAUCUUCUACAUCAUGGUUGAAAUCAAGUUUACAAAGGCCGUCAAAAUUACCAGAAGAUGAAUUUGAAGGACAGCCAAUGCUAUUCCGAGGAUCAGAUAUCCUAGAAGAAGGUCUUGAUAACACUGUUGCAGAGUUGAGGCCUCAAAACAAACCUCAAAGCUUACCUCAAUCACCAAGGUUACUUUCAGCUGGCGACUCAGCUGUAAAUUCUCCAUCCAACAUCGACAGGAGCACAUUGAACUCUUCGAACAGCUCCGAUACAAGUGAUGAACAAGAUGAAACUGCAGCCAUUUCCCAAACAGAGCAGGAACCAAAUGCAGCUUGCAUUACAUUGCGGCGUGCUGGUUAUUAUACAAUCCCACCACUUGACAAACUUGAAGAAUAUGUUUGCGGAGAUACUUGUGUCGUGCCUAAUUUCACAGUGGGUCGUAAAGGAUACGGCAAUGUCUAUUUCCCAGACCUGAUUGACAUUUACGGCCUAAAUCUAGAUGAAAUCGUUCACUUUCGAAACAAGGAAGUUAUUAUUUACCCUGACGAUGAUCAGAAGCCACCUAUGGGCCAAGGAUUGAAUCGUAGAGCACAAGUAACCCUCGAUCGUGUCUGGCCACACGAUAAGACUCUUCAUGAACCUAUAACCGACCCUGAACGUUUAUUGGCUAUGAAUUACGAAGGAAAACUUCGCAGAGUUUCAGCAAAACACGAUACCAGAUUUCUAGAAUAUCGUCCAGAAACUGGGUCAUGGGUUUUUAAGGUCGAUCACUUCUCGAAAUAUGGGCUCAGUGAUUCCGAUGAAGAAGAUGAAGAUAUUCCCGCAAAUGCUGAUCUUAAGAAGCUUAAAGCUAUCACGAAACCAAAAGUAAAUGCAACAGGACCAGUCGAUAAGCAACUAGUUCCUCCAGUAACCGAUGCAAGACUACAAAAAAAGUACAGCUUCCUUAAACUCACGAGUCAGGAGGCUCAAGAUUCGACCCUGAGUUUUCAAUCAGAUACUCUAAAUGAUACUGACCUGACAAUGAAUGAAUUUUAUUCGAAUGAUCAGGAGAAGGAUCGAUCAUUAGCACUCAGUCCAUCUGCCAUUUUUGCACACGUCAGAGGAACAGAUAGCCACAAACUUCAAUUAAUGAAGGCCAGUUUUUUUGAUACAGAUGACGAAGAUAUUGAUGAUGGCACCUACAAGGCCCAAUUAAACUUCCCUGCAAAAAGUUCAACAAAAAUAAUUCCAAGCACAGAAACCAUGGAGGCGAUGGAAGAUGAUCAAAUGGUUCCUUCCGGCCACAUACCUACAUUAAGAUCGAAUUUCACUAUGCAGCAAGACAAUUCAUUUCUGGCUAAAGAGCCUCGAAUUGCGAAAGACAAAAAACUUGCAGAGGUAACUGACAUUUCUCAUGUAAAAACUUCAGGACUAAUAAUGCAAGCUUUCCCUCCUCCCAUUGUGAAGCCAGUCACAGUUGUCCUUCAAUUCUCUUCAGAAGUUUUACCACUCAAGGAAUCUUUUGUUGGAAAAUUAAAUGCUCGUUGUGUAGCUGAUGCUGGUAUCCAAAUGGGUCGUUCUUUUCGGGUAGGCUGGGGACCCGAUUUGACACUAGUUUCUCUAAGUACACAAAAACAGGCUGCAAUUGUUCCACUACAUGGUAAAUUUAGUGAUCUUGGAUCCUACGUGUCAGGCCGUUUAUUUAAUGAUACAACGUCAAGCAUCGUACAAAGAUUGCAGAUUGUCGGAGGUGGCGGCUGUGAUGCGGAACACAUUGAAACUUUCAAGGAAAGUAUAGUUGGACACCUUCGUAUACAACUGAACCAUUGUAUUCUUGGUCAUGAGGGAGAUUGCCCAGUAGUAGGUGCUGGUGCAGGACCAGCAACGUUGCAUGCUCAUUGCAGUCUUGCUCAAGAAUUGGCUGAUUUGCCAAAUUCAGAUCCUUUGGCAUCUUACACAAGUCAUGUGUGGAAUCUGGGUGUGGCACUUUGGGGAAAUUUGCCAGAUAUACAAUCAGAAAGUGAUGAAACGAAACACCAGAAUGUGAUGGUGAGGCGAGAAGCACUCAGUGAAUGGCUAGAGAAUGUGAUAACGGAAACAGUACUAAAAGAAACACCAGAAGACGAUCCAUUUGAUAAAACAAUCCUGUCACUGCUUUCAGCACACAAACUCGAAGAUGCUUGUAAAAUCGCACGAGAAGUGGGUGAUCACUGUUUGGCACUUCUGAUGGCCCAACUUGGAGGGCCACCGAGUGUAAGAGAACUGAUCAAGCAACAACUAGCUAUGUGGCAAUACACUGAAGUCGAUACAGAGCUUUCGCCCGAUAAACUGAAGCUAUUCAUGCUUGUAGCUGGAGAACCUCUUAUUUCUGUAAAAAAUGGAUAUGUCAAUGCUUGCGAAGAUCUAGGAUGGAAGCAAGCAUUAGGCUUUCAUUUGUGGUACGUGUGUCCUCCUACUGCAUCUGUCACCGACGCAGUGAGUCUUUAUGAAUCUGCUUUUGAUGCAUCUGAAACUGAGUCUUAUGCUUCGGCGCCAAGCCCAGAGUACCAAGAGGAGGAUUACGAGGCUGAAAUAAGUAGUGGAAAAAAAGUGCGAGACCUGUGCUUCCACUUACUAAAAUUGUACUGCUCCGGUAACCAUCCGCUUGAAAAGAUACUGAAUCCGUUAACUCACACGGCAGAUCCACUAGAUUACAGACUAAGCUGGUUGAUACAACAAGUACUUGUCGCGCUUGGUUAUUCUCAUUUAUCUUUGCACGUUGCUGCAUUAACACACAUUAACUUUGCUGCCCAAUUGGAAACGUAUGGGCUUUGGCAUUGGGCUAUAUUCGUUGUGCUACACCUGGAGGAUACGGGCAGACGGCGAUCAGCAAUAGUUGAUCUUCUAUCACGUCACGUUGAACUGGAUGAAAGGCCAGAUUACAUGAAACGAGAAGAAUUCUUGAGAGAGGAGCUUGGCAUACCUUCAAUGUGGAUUAACAAAGCUAAAGCCAUAAAAGCUCGAGCAAUGAAACGAUAUGGCGAAGCUGCUUGGUAUCUUAUUCAUGGUGAACAAUGGAAUGAUGCUCAUGAACUUAUAAUAGAACACCUAGCUGCUGAUGCAAUAAUAAAUGAAAACCUGGAAUAUUUGAAUUCGUUGUUAAGCCCGUUAGUACCAACUGAAUGCAGCAGUACGAUAAAUGGAUGGGCACACCGUGGUCAACUACUUUGGGAUUAUAUGUUAAUCAAUGAAGAAAUCGAAGCAUUGCUAGCUGGAAACUCAGACAGGACCAGCAUUGGAUACAAACUUGAAUUAUUGCAGCCACAAUUGAGUCUUUUGUGUGCAAAAAUAAAUCAAUUUCCUUGCCCAACGGCCAAGCAUAGGUUAUGCCAAGCAGAGAUUGCAAAAAGAACCGCACAUUUGGCCAGAAGCUUGGUAUUAUUACAAUCAAACGGGAAAAAUUCAACUUCCAAGAUUCUAGCACAUUUGGUUACACAGUUACCCCUACCGGAAGACUAUGCUCAGCAAGAGCUACGUCACAUUGUAAAUUUGUAUGUUAAUGAGAUAGGAGCCCGUUAGGUUAUAAAAAUGACGUUUGUAUGGUAUAGUAUGUAUAUUUUCUUUUUCAAACCUGUUUAAAGGUAAUUUUCCGUUGUAUUUAAAUAAGGAUCCAAGAUCGAUGUGAAAUUAGCUAUUUCGUGGUUGAAACUUAGGUAGAACGGUUUUAUUUUCUGGAAAGAUCCUGAACUUUCUGGUGUUUCACGUUUUCAGCCAAUUUUGUUUUCUCAUAUGUCUCCGUUUUCUUUCUGUGUUUCACCCGAUAAUUUAUGUGUAUGUAAAAUCAAUUUUCCUGACGUUUCUGAUCACUCUAAAAAUAUAAAAUGUAGCACUUAAUAAGUAUAGUGAAUCUAUUUUCAUAAAUUUUCCAUUUCAAUUUAUAUUACGACGAUUUCACACGUUUCUAAACAGCAAACUGUAUCUUGAUAGCAGUAUAGCAUAAACUACAAGCGCUUGAAUACGAAUACCUUGUUCUUACUUGGGUAUGAUAGAUAAUCUGAUAAAAUUAGCUCAACUUUAUAAUCAUGUAAAUCUAAGUAAGAUUACUGAAUCAAUAGACGCAUUCAAGGUGUGAAAGAAAACAAACAUUCCUCGCUAAUUAAACACGUACAAUGAACAGAUAAUUCUUAGUAAUUCAUCUACUUAUAGUGCGACAAUGAGCAUAGCUCUAUUGUAUCUGAAACGAAUUAGUCAACUAUUCAUUUUCUUACAUUUAGAAAUAGGAUUGGCUAUUAUUUUAAUUUCAUUUUUUUUCAUUAUCGUUAAAUUUUGUGAACCAUAGAUUUUCCAUUCUUUCCCACCUUUCGUGUACCAAAAUUUCAUGUUUUCAUAAUCCUAGCAUAGAUAUAACAUCAUCUUAAUUAUAUUUUAAUUCGUUUUGAUAGAUUAUCAUUUUCAUUUAAAGUUAACUAGUUAUUAAGGUAAAUCAUAAUUGAAUUUAUAAAAUAUAAAUGUACCUUGCUUUCAACAUCCCUAGUACUUCAGUAUUUCACCAAAUUAGUAACCUAUGUCAAGGUGAAUAGAUUAUUAAAUAACGCGUCCAUAACUUUGAAUUAUAAUCGAUUGUAUCAGUUACAUUUUUCCGUACUGAUAUGUAU